GUGUCCCACAUCCCCAGGUUCUUCUCUCCUAUGUGCCCGUCUCUUGAUCCCUACACAUGGCCAUGGCCUACGCUGCUGGAGCCGUUCGAGCCCUAUGUUCAUUCCAAUCCAACAAUUGCGCCGGCUCGCCUUGCAUGUCACACUUCACUCUGCUCGGCUCUGCGUGUCUGAGUUCCCCGAGACAACUCUUCACUCGUGAUCAGCACAAUACUGGCAGCCCGGCUCCUUUUUAGGUGACAGGAACAACAUAAUAAUAUGGGCAGGUACGACGCUCUGGCUCAGGUAGGAUCAAGGGCUGUGCGACGGUGCCGCUGACGGCACGCCGCAGAGACAUCAUGAAGAACGGCAGCCACGUGGAAAUGCUGCAUAGACAGACACACAGGGAGAAUAACAAAUGCAGUGAGCAAACCGAUCGAUAAAUGCGCCUUACCAGCAGCCGGCGACCAGGAACAAGGUCAGUACUACACGGCGAAGAACGCCUUUCUCAGACCUGGACGAAAGCAUGGGAAGGUUGUUCCACCUCAUCAAAACACACAGCACGCACAGCUGGAAUAGCUGCUCGAUAGCCACCGGUAACACCAAACCCAUGCCUUCCUCCACAAGCUGCUCCCAUGACGCGCCUGCGUAAGCUUGGGCCGUGAGUACAGUCAGGUUGGUAAACAAAAGGGCCACCAGCUCACAGCUGGACCAGAUGUUCACCUGGUCGGAUAGUGCACGUAGAUACCUGCAAUGCAAGUACACGUAAGUGCACACUGUGUGGAUCGUGUCUCAGUUUAUUGUGGCGGCGGGUACCUUGGAGACACUUCGAGUGAGGCCAAGGCCGACUGCAGCCCUCCGACUGGAGCAGCGAGAGACAGCGCUGUGGUCAUAAUUGAGCUUUGACGUCUUAGCAGAUGACCGUUCUUUCUCUUGCUGUGCUGGCUCUCCGUAGCGUCGUUGUCCUUGCCCAUGGCUGAUCCACUGACCGCCUCCGCUUUAGUCGCCGUCACCGCAAUGUCGGUCAAGCUAUAAGCUGUGGGUGCCUGUCUCUUGCACCGGGCCUUGACAAACUUCUUGGCCGACAGGUAAAGUAGAAUUGCUGAUGCAUACAAAGAGACAAGCAUAAUUGACCAAGAAUUCACUGAUGUGUCCAUGGCUGACGCGCGUACAAUAGGGGUGUGAAAUGUCCAUGAUCAGGUCAACGAUUGAGAUGAGGACAGAAUAGAAGAGUUUGCUCCUCAGGUUCACGGCCUCGGCUUGAAGCAUGCCUGAUCAGGAACAUCACACCCCCUAUUGUACGUGUGUCAGCCAUGAAGAGGUGACUGACGUGGGAAGAUCACGUAGACCACCGCAGGUAGUGCUAUAAGCAGCGAAUUGCAUGUGGGAACUCCCUCCUGGAUAACAUCAUGAGAAACAAAGUUCGCUGUCUCUUAAUUGGCUCUGUUAGUCAGUUCGUACUUUGAGCGACCGCACGAGUUUAUUGACAAGUCCGAUAGCGGGCAUGAAGACUGCGAGAUAUAUGACAGCCAUCCGGAGUCGGUCAAUAUCAGUGGAUGAUGCAGCAGCAAAUCGUGGCGAGAGGGCAGCGAUCCAAAUUAUUGACAUAGUGAAUGCCAUCGUGACAGCUGCCGUGACCUUCAUAACAUACUCUCGUCUGGCCCUAAUACUCAACGAUCCCGCAACGCGCCAGAAGUACACAAAGAAAGCCGCAUAAUAUGAGCUCCAGUAAAUCGGAAUGAUGAUGUUUCUUCGUUCUUGGGUGUCGAAAUGGAGCCCAUGACCAAUAGAGAUCAGCAGACCGAGCGCCAAUGCCGGAAAAAAGACGAGCCACUCCUUCUUCAGCCGCACUAUCAUUCUUCGCCGGCCGGUCCCAUCUGUGACGAGCACGAGCAGGAGCAGCAGCAUGAGACAUUCUAUAAUGCGGCAUAGGAUGCCAAAAACCGGCCCAAACGUACUUGACAGACACCAAUAGAUGAACAUUAGAGUGCAACCGACGAGGACGAUCGCAAUGGCGAGAGCAAUUGCUGACUGCUGAAGUAGAGCCACAGAAAUUCGUCUCAAGGUCGUCACGAACGGCUCGGGUUCAAAAGUUGCACCAACAAGCACCUCUGUUGUGCUGCCGUCGUGAUGCAUCGUUCUAUACUCGAGGGUCGUCGGCCAUUCUUCAAAACUAGCCUCGUAGCUUGCCGCCUCCCUGAACUCAUGGACCAAAUCCGCUAUAAUACGCUCCUCACGACGCAGUUCAUGGCCAGAAACGGAAUCUCUCGUGUCGAUGGUUGAUGUUAUCGGGGCCCGUCUUUCGUGACGUGUUUCGUCGCCAUGCGCUACGGUUGUGAUGUGGUCGCUUGGUCCAGGUGCUGUGUUGUUUGUCUCUUCAGCGUCGUGCUGUUGUGGGCACGGCAGGCUGACUGAGGACGAGAGAUUGGACGAGAAGGUUGAGAGAGCGGCUGGUUGAUGUGCACAUUCAUCCCCAGGUGAUUGAGGCGGUCUCACAGCCUCGCCUUUCACCGUCACCACU